GCCGUCAAGCUGACGGGUUGCGCGCUUAAUUUCCUCUUUGCAUCUCCAGACUUGAGCUUUUUUUUUCAGGUCGAAAUCAUUUGCCACGUGAAAAUGCGGUCAUCACUCCGCUGCCUCGUUUUCUUGUUGGUCACCGUCUCUUGCAUAGGUCUCGGUCACUGCGGAGCCUUACGGAAUCCCUACGAGAUGUGGACUCGUGUCGUCAGUAAAGAAAUGGAAUGCUGGGCUAAUCGGUUGUUGGACAUUGGGAACAACCAAGCGAGACAUGCAAUUGAGGCCGUACAACAUCGAACUGUUGCUGCUCUUGAUGGUGUAGGCAGGAAAGGAAGAGACCUCCGUUCCGCUCUGACGACGCGAAACUUAAGUCUUGCCGUACGCAGUGGCAUUAGCCGCUUGCUCGGAUUUCCAUCAAAAUCGGCCUAUUUCGCCUUUUGGAAGAAACUUUUUCUUUUCGAUGUGGUCGCUAAUGUCGCCAGAGUCGGUGGAUCCCUUUUUCUUUAUGUUUUUGCUCCUCAUUUGUAUCAAUCACUUCCCGGCGGGUUGAUUGGUUAAACAUAGUUUCCCCCUCCAAAAGUGAUGGAAUAUUUCAGUGCCAUAUUUAACGCUAGAGGGCCGAAUGUUAAAUGGAGGGCACAGGUAUCAUGCAGGUGGACUCGUACCGGUAAUAUCACGCAAGCUUCAAUUCUGUUCGUCCAUUACUUCAAUGUAAUAACUUGUUCAUUUCCAUAAUGUUUGUGUGGCUGCGGUCGACUGGUAUGCCCGUCGAAUUCCGUCGGCAGUGACUUGAGUUCCCCUUUCAACUGUCAAGUUUAAGGUAAAACAAUAGGCUGUCUGCAGAUGACAGUUGGUUUCACCUUUGAGAACAAAAAAGUGAUGGGGUCUUAUUCUAGCCAUAAAAUUUAACUA